AUGUGCUCGGGUUGGGGAGUUCUGGAGAUGGUCCUGGGACGUCUUCAGGAGGAAUGGAACAAACAACCAGUUGGAACAGGUGAUUUCAAGGCGGAGCUUGCAUUCAUGGUGGAGAACGACAAAAGGAAGCAGGAUUACUUGCGUACCCGCUUCCCUCAUGCUGAGAGGGUCUUCAAUGACAUGUCGGAAAUUGGCAACAAAGUAGCUUCAACGUGGGAUGGAAGCUAUCACAAAGUUCCUCAGGUGGACUUGCUGGUGGCAGGCUUUCCUUGCGUCAACGUGAGUCAGCUGACCACCACUCCGGGAAGUGUGCUGGACCCUUCAUGCCAAAGUGGUUUAGGUUUCCAAUCGGUUGGAAACUAUGCCAAGAGACACAAACCUGCGAUGAUUCUACUUGAGAAUGUAGCCUCCCUUUUUCACAAGAGAGCUGUUGAUGGGGGUUCUAUAUCAGGGUAUGACCAGAUCAAGGAAGAACUACAUCGCUUGGGGUAUGUGGUGAGCGCUGCGAUGUGCAACACUGCGAACUAUGGGUUGCCCCAACAGCGCACCAGGGCCUGGGUCAUGUGUGUGCUGGCAUCCCAAUGUGAGUCCAGUGCGGGUGAUCUCAUGAGAGAAGCUUUGUUAUCCUUCCAGUGCCAACCUGUACCUCUAGAGAUCAUUUUGUCAAAAGCACCACCAGUUGAAGAGGGGAAGAGUGCAUCCAAACCGGUUAGACCACUUCCUAUGAAGAGUGCCGCGCCGAAGUGGAAAGAUUCUCUGAAGCACGUCUUCAAGCAGUUUGGCAAGGAGAAGGUGACAGCUCGCAUCGCUGACCUCGAAGGAAGGUUGACAUGUUGCAGUGACCGUGAGAUCGCCAUCUUGGCUGCAUCCAUGGAGGAGGUGAUUUCCACCAAAAAGAUUGGGGAGUUUCUUGGUAUCCGCAUGCCAAUGGACGAAGACACCCAGAUGGAGACCGAUGAGGGGAGCUGGCGACUUGGAGAACUCAUGUUUGAUGAUGGUGGAAUGCGCGGGGUUGCCGCUGCGGUGGUUUGGCUAGGGUUGGUCUACAAAUGCUCCACUGAGAAGACGGAGGAUUUGACGCAUCCCAGGGUGCUCAGCCUAGCUAGAAGUUUGAUGCAGGUUCCUACCAUGAGGAAAACACAAACAGGAGAUAUGGCCACGGAGCAGAUCCGAAGGAUCAUCCGCCAAAACGUUGAGUCAAAGAAGCUUCCUGUGAGCAGCUUCGAGUGGGCGGAGAUCUUGCGCUGCAUGAACAAGCAGGGUCGCCCAAUCACGGUGAAUGAAGCUAUAGACCUGUACAAUACAAGUCCAGAGGUAGCUGCUCACGGAGGAACAUCAGCGAAGGACCGCACCGGCUCGGGCUCUUUGGUUAUAGACUCAAAGAAAAUGUUCGGCAUCAAACAUUGGAUUGAACUCACAGGUGACCAUGCGAGAGAACAAGUCUGCCUGUCCCUGAAAGACGGCCCCUUUGCCUAUGGACCUUGGGGUGAAGGCCUCUCCGUGCUGAAACCCUUGUUCUUGAAGUCGGUGGUCAACUUGACUAGCAUUCCCCAAUCAGCAGCGAGCCUGGUUCCUUUGGAUGGUGAAGCUACGAUCAAUUUGGAUUGGGCUCUUCCUAUGGAUGCUUACUGUCAGGGGGUGCUUUUCCAAAGAAUCCGGCUGCACUUCGAGAAAUCCACAGCUAUCGUUGAUGAAUCCCAGCACCGUGCCAAAUACCGGAUGAACGAGUCAGACCUGAUGCACCUCCGAAACUUGGUUUGUGUAUGGGGGCAGGUUCGGGAGUUCUUGUCAACAAGGGCUCCCAAUUUCUCUGAGUUGGACUCCGCGUUGGUGAAGGGCAACACUCUGGACCAUGAAUUUGCUCAAGUUCUCGAGCAACGACCAGCUCAGUUUGCAGCUUCAUUCUUGCCAAGUGCUCAACAGGCUGCAGUUGAGAACUUUAAAAAACAUGAAGAAGUUGUGACAUUGGAGGUCCAAAAGCAAAGGCAAGAACUCCGGGAUGCAAAAUGGCGCUACUUCCAGGCAGCUCUCCAACGUGACCAGGAGAUCCUGCAAACUGUCCAGGCGGCGCCCAAGCGCUUGGAUGCUCUACGCCAUCGCAAACAAAUGGCUUGGAGAGUUGAGCAAUCACAGAUUGGGGAACGCAUCGUGAAGGGUUACCUUGAGAAGCAUCUUCGGUGUGAUUUGGUGGAGAAGGUUGAGCACGGCCAGUUGAAGGUCAACGAGUUCAGAUCUUUCGUAGCAUCUACGUGCAGCUGCCGUGAAAUGGAUGUGCACAUGAUUACGAUCAUUGAUUUGAAUGUUCCCCUGGCAAAAUCCAAAGAGCGCAUGGAAGAGUUGUGUGGCCUUCUUCAGUUCGUGAACGAUCUCAACCCUGGUCGCCACGUCGGAGUGAUUGAGCUGCCCGAAUGGGCCAAGAAAUCAUCGAAGAGAGGACUCAGUGAUGAGGAACGCGACCUGGAGCAGGUUCUUUGGGGACUACGUCAAACCUGCGACUGUCGAUGGGUGAUACCAUUCGACAUUCACCCGUCCGCCGAUGCACAGACCAUAAGAAGGCGAUUCUCCUCGGGAAGGCUGGUGGUGAGCAAAGACUUCGAGGGCGAGAACCCAUGGAUCAACAACAGUGAGUUCGGCCUGGCCGGCAGACCGUUGUCGGAGGAGAAAAUUCUUCUACCACUAUCUCGAGAACUUUUACUCCCUGAAAGCCUGGACCCAGACUCUGACCUUAGAUUUGCAGAACGUGCUCGCCCAUCAGUUGAGGCCACUUCGGCACAAAAAGGGCAACAUCGUUGGCUGACCAUGUUGAGGAGCCUACUGACCAUGUCGAGCGGAUACAGCUUGAAGAAGAAACCAGUGAUCGUCAUUAAUUUGACCUCCUACGUUGAAGAUGUGGGAGCUUUUCAACUUCGGGAAUUGCAUGAGGAGCUCAAGGGUGGAUUCAACACGGAGCAGCUCUUUUACCAAAGCAUUUGGUGGCUCAACAAGGACCAGUUUGGAGCAGCGAGACUCACUCGGGAGGUGGUCGACUCAUGGCUAUCAGGGAAGCUGGAGUUCGCAGGCCAACGCAUCAACCUCAAUGCACCAGAUCUCACUCAGGAUGAAAUCUCAUCAGUUCCAGGAGGUGCAGCCGCCAUGAGCAGCCUCGAUACCUUGCAGUUCGAGGUCCUCGAACGAGUUGGAGGCAAAAUGGUGAUCAAGUCGGACGAACACCGUUUCUGGACAACCCAGGGAGGAAGCAUCACAGAGGAUUAUCAAAGCCUCCGAGAAAAGCACCUUGCAUUGAUAGGAUCUGCUGGAGCUGAUGCAGCUACCAGGCAAGUCGUGGAGGCUUCGGAAGAGCAGGAACAACCUGAGCCCCUGCCAUCUACAUCAGAGAAUGAGGAGAAAGAGUCCUUGGCAAAGCUCGAAGAAUCACCAGGCCUGGAAUUGAAGGUCGCUUCUGAAAUCAGCGGUGUGGACUUGAUCCUUGGGAAAGACAAAUCUUUGUGGCUUUAUUCGUCAUCCGCCGACAAGAUGAUAGGCAAGCAUGUCCAGAUCGGCGGCUUCGGGACUGGCCAAUACGUGCCUGCUGAAGGUGAAGAAGGGCUUGAGUUCAAGCUGCCCCAGGGUGACAAGACAUUGAUUCAGUUGGACGAAACUUCAUGGAAGCAGGAUGGCUCUGGAACCUCGGUGAUUUCCCUAUUCAAACUCUUGCUGAUGUGUGAAAAUGAGAAGAACAUCACCGACCACAAGAUCUCCUACCUGAACGUCAAGAGGAAGGAUGAUGCCAACCUUGAGAGCGGCAUGGACGGAUUCGAAGUCUCCUACAAAAACCAUAUGCGCUUCAAGUGCGUGACCCCUGACAAGCUGAGUGGCAAGAACUUUUUCUGUAAAGUCAUUGGGAAGGCUAGCGAGUUCCAGCAGUUGAUUCCAGUCUUCCGAUUUCGGUUUGAGCGAAUUGGGGCCACGCUGAAGCUGCAAAAGCCCCAUAUAGUUACCAAGUGUAGAACCGGGUGUAGCUUGUCGCCCAUCCAAUUGUUGCGACCAAUGCCUUUGAUGUACACGGAUGUGCUGGUGAUGUGGCAGGGCUUGCAUUUCCUGCAUGGCAUGUCAGGGAUGUACGAGAAGUCCUCCUUUGGCCAUGAAUGCGUCCGAGAGUUUUUGAUGCGCUUUCGGAGCUUGCCGGUGAUUGCUCAGGACCAGAAUGACAUGGCUGUCAUCAUGGAGAUGAUCCUUUUGUUGACAGUCCUCAGCAACAUGACCUUCAAGGCUGCCAUGGAUGGCGAUGACCGCAUCUCCCAGUUGUCGACGUGGAUUGCCGAUGCACAUGACAUUGUGGGUCCCCCAGAAACAUGGGCACAUCUACAGAGCGUCAUCGUAGCAGAUCCAGAACAUUUUCGCCUCAUGUUGAGUAAAGCUCAAGAUGAGAUGAACCAUCUCAAAGCUGAGUGCAAUACAGGCCUGCCAUAUGUGCACAAUUUGCUCGGACAAGCCGAGCUCGUUUUGGUCAAGAUUAAAAUGGCAAUUCAUCCUUUGCUGUAG